AUGACACUAGCAGCUGCCAACCUCCUCCUACGAGCUGCACAACGAUUUGCUACCAUAGACUUUCUUUACCAACUGUGUGCUCUCCGACACAUCCACCUACUCUUGACCGUCAUUCUUGCCACGGUUAUCAUCUACCUCAUACGCAGGCCUAGAGCCGUGUACCUAGUCGACUACGCUUGCUUCAGAACUAGUAACGAGUGUCGAGUCCCAAAGGCCAGCUUCUUCGAGAACGCACGCCUUUCGCCCUUCUUGCGCGACUCUACCAUUGACUUCAUAGCUCGUGUGCUCGAGCGCUCCGGCUUGGGUGAAGAGACAUGCCUGCCACAUGCACAUCACUAUGAAGGCCAAGACUGCUGUCUCGAUGAAGCACGCGCCGAGGCCGAGCUGGUCGUCUUCUCAUCCAUCGACGACUUGUUGGCGAAGACGACGUUCAUCAGCCUGGAUGCGAUCGACGCCCUGAUCACCAACUGCAGCCUGUUCUGCCCGGUGCCAUGCAUCGCCGACAGGAUCAUGAACAGGUACAAGUUGCGACGCGACAUCCGCAUCGUCAACCUCUCUGGCAUGGGUUGCAGCGCCGGUGUGACCGCGGUGGGGCUCGCGAGGAACAUCCUGCAGGUCCUUCCUUGGGGAUCGCAUGUGCUGGUGGUGUCCACGGAGACCCUUGGUCCGUUCUACUACAAGGGGAACACGCGUUCCAUGCAGCUGGGAAACAUCUUGUUCCGCAUGGGCGGCAGCGCCAUGCUGUUGUCGACUUGUAAGAACAAGGCUAGGUUCAAGCUCACGCAUGUCGAGCGGACGCUCGUCGGUGCAGAUGAUGGUGCUUAUCGGUGCGUUUACCAGGAGGACGAUCGUGAGGGGAACAUAGGGCUCACUCUGUCAAAAGACCUCAUGGCCAUCGCUGGAGACGCGCUCAAGGCCAACAUCACCGCAACUGGGCCACUUGUCCUACCAACCUCAGAGUUGAUCAAGUAUCUUCUUUUCUCUGCAGCGAGGAAGGUGCUCCACCGGAGGAAUAUCAGACCAUACAUCCCCGACUUCCGCAUGGCAUUUGAGCACUUCUGCAUCCAUGUUGGUGGACCGGCGGUGAUCAACUCAGUACAGCUUGGCCUUGGUCUAUCUGACGAGCAUGUGGAGCCAUCGCGUAUGACGCUGCAUCGGUUUGGGAACCAAUCGAGUGCAUCCGUGUGGUACGAGUUGGCAUACAUCGAGGCUAAGGGCCGAAUGCGGAAGGGUGACAGAGUGUGGAUGAUCGGUUUCGGAGCUGGGUAUAAGUGCAACACUGCGGUGUGGGUAUGCACCCGACCAUCCGUUGAUGCCAAAGGGCCAUGGGCCAGCUGCAUCCACCGCUACCCGGUGAAUGUCUAA